AUGCGAUUAGCCAAGUCGAGCUUAGGACUCCGGGAUGGAUAUGGAGACCGGGAGCGAGUGAAGCGCCGGGAGAUCUUAGCGCGGUUGGAGACGGAAGGGAUCAUCGCGGAGGAGCAGGGCUAUCUGACGACGAGUUCGCGGAGUGAGAAGACGAAGAGCCCGAUCGAGCCGCGGACGCCGAGUCCGUCGAUGGGUCCAUCGGCAGUCCGGAUCCUCACGCCGGCGGUGAUGCCCGGCUCGGUCGAGGCCAUGAUCCCACGUCGCCGCAAACUGUCUCAUAAACUGUCGAUCAAAUCGUUCCGACAGUGGAUCCAAAACCAACGCCGGCCUUUAGUUAAUAAUUCUUCCUCCUCCUCCUCCGGCACUCAGCCGGCCCUGCUGACGACUCAUCUCAAACAACCUACCCCACUUCGCUCUCAGUCCGAUCGAGUCUUCAAACCAGCUAGAUCUAGUGACAGUCUCAGUCCGACUAGCAGUGAUCGUUCCGCCGAGCUCAUUCAGCCCGAUCGUACCCCUCUUCCGACCAUCUCUCCUCCUCCUCCUCCCACUGCCCGAAAGUUAAGCUCCAAGGAAUCCUUCAUUUGGUAUAGUCCACCCGCUCAAGCUCUCACAAGAUUACAUAGAUUAGAGAGCGGAUCAUAUGACCAAGAAGAAACAGCUGUAUUCUAA